AUGUCUGAGAUCCCGACCACAGGUACCCGCAGCCAGCUGCACCCCUCUAUUCAAACCUUCCUGAAGGACCACCCAAAACUCCACCUUGGUGGUCAAGAAGACUUUCACGACGAGAGAAACCACCACCUCGAAGUCUUUGGUAUCCACAAUAUUCCAAAGGAUAAGGUUCAUCCCAUUGGCGAGGUUGAGUUUACUGCCGUUCGUGGACCUCAUGGAACUAUUCCUGUCAGAGUCUUGUAUCCCAAGAGCGGCGAGGACAAGCGCAAGAACGGCCAGGCAGCAGCUCUGGUCUACUUCCAUGGCGGAGGCUAUACAGUUGGCUCGGUCGAUGAGUUUGAGAAUGGCCUAAGGUUGUUGGCUGAGGAGAGUGGAGUUCAGGUCUAUGGCGUAGACUACAGGCUAGCACCUGAAUACCGCUUCCCAGUCCAACUAGACGAAUACUCGGCCGUCAUCGACUGGCUCCAAGGCGAAGGCGGCAAAGCUCGAGGCGUAAACCCUUCAAAAGUAUUGGGCGGCGGCGACUCAGCAGGCGGCAACAUGACAGCAGCAACAACCCUACGCCGUCAAGACAACAAGCAAAAGCCCAUGGCCGGCCAAAUAAUGCUCUACCCCGAAGCUCGCGUCCCCUUCGACACUCCAGCGGCCGUUGAAAACAACACAGGUUACUAUCUAGAAUGCAACGGCAUCUUCAGUUUUGCAGACCACUAUCUGCCCAGAGGUGUACCGCCAUCAAACCGCUACAUUUCUCCUGGCAUGCAGGAUAUCAGUAAACUCGGUGGUCAGCCUCCUGCAGCGAUUUAUACGUCUGGAUUCGAUCCUUUGCGCGAUGUAGGCGUCGAGUACGCGAGCAAGUUGCAAAAGGCAAAGAACGAGGUCAGGUGGCAUCACUAUGAGGAGAUGACCCACGGAUUCUUGCAAAUGACUGCUUGGAGUGACAAAGCCAUUGAAUGCGUCAAGGAUAUUGCAAAGGACAUGAAAGACUUUGCUUAUGGCUCUUAA